AUGGCCUCGCGCUCCUCCGCAGCCGACCCAGUUGGCUCCAGCUCCUCGUCUGGGACCCCAUCACCGGCCACCGACGCUGUGUCCGCCUCGGCCGGCUCGGGGGGCACGUCCAGGCUGAUCACGGCGGACGCGUUUUGCCACAACGUCUGCCUGAAGCCCAACGCGUUGGUGGUGGACAUGGUGUACUGGUUGCUUGAAGAUGACGACGGUGGCAUCCUCGAGCUCCAUUUGAGCAAUGAGAGCUUGGCCUUGGUCGAGCUGCCACCAAGCGCUCAGAGCUUUUACCAGUGGAAGCUCCAGCUGAUGGAAGCCGAGGCCGGCGUGCUGGGAUCUGCUGGCGUGAAGGAGUACAGCCUGCAUCUGUGGGCGCGGGAGGCCAAUUGUGAUGGCACUGCGAAUUGGGUGCUGCGCACUAUCAUUAACCUCAUUGUGUUCGCUCCGCAGCCAGGUGUGACUUCUUGGAUCACGCUGAUGCCGCCUAUCAAGAUAGUUGGGGUUGACGAGGGCAGCAAUUUUGUUUUUCUAAGGACGAUAUUUGGAAUCUUUACGGUCAUCUUCGACGACACCGCUCUGCUCGAGAAAGUGUCUGCUGAUGAACUCAUGGGGUUUGUUCAUCCCUACUCAAGCUUUUUUGUCGCAGGAAAAAUAAGGUCAGCAUUAGGUGAUGGAAGUAGCAUAGCAGUAUUGGCAACUAAUGUCUCUUUGGCUUUUGAGGCUCCUUUGUUCUUUUGUCUUGAUCUUUCUGCUGACAGGAGUAACUUGAGGAUAGCGAAAUCAAAGUCUGCUGCUACUGAACAGCCAGGAUAA